UUAGUCACAUUGGUGUAUUCGUUGCUGUUAUUUUUAAUGUUUUUAACAAAAUUGUGUUACAAUGGCUAGCGAAAAAUUAAAAUGUGUUUUUUGUAAAGACAGAAAUGGAAAAAUAAUAACUUUUGUUGAAGAUAAAUUAAAAAAGUGUAAAGAAGUUCUACAAAUACGUGUAAAUUUUAAACUGAAAUAUAAUAGUGUACAGUUACCGGAGCAAGUUAAUGACACUGAUGGAUAUCACAGAAAUUGUUACAGCAGUUUUACAGCUCUAAUGACAAAAUAUCGUCAUUUAUCUGAAAUUAAUUUCUCGUCAACAGUAGAUCUUCCCAGCACAUCUAGUUCAACUUCGUUAUCAAAUACGGCAGUAGAUGUUAGCAAAAUCCUGCCAGAUAAAACGUCUCAGAAUUCACAAACAGAAGUUGUUAUCCAAGAAAUUGACACUUCUAAUGCAAUUAUUGAGCCUGAAAGUGUGGUAAAUAUAGAAACAAAUUCAGGUGUUAAACGAGUUUGUUUUUUUUGUGGGAAAGAUCGCAAGCAAUCAAAAGAUUCACUGUCUUGCGAAGAACACGAAGAAGCCGAUUCUCGAAUAAUAUAUCACAUUUGCCAAAUAAAUGUCGAUGGUGAAGUUGUGAUACGCUGCUCAGACACAGAUAUUUUAAUAAUACUUCUUGGUAACAUGGAUCAUUUGAAUGCAUCACUAAAAAUCUGGAUAAAUUUGGGCGUGGGGAAUCAUGAGCGAUUUAUAAGCGUCAAUCAAGUGCACGAAAUUCUAGGGAAUUCCCUAUCGAAAGCUCUACCGUGCUUUCAUGCACUCACGGGAUGCGACUACACACCAGCUUUUUUCCGGAAAGGUAAACUUCGACCUUUUAAACUAUUAGAGCAAUCAGAAGAGUAUCAAUUAGCCUGUCAAAAUAUUAUAACAGAUGAUGAAGAAUUGCUGGAUGAGACAUUUAAGAUCUUAGAAAAGUUUAUUUGUCACAUUUACGGAGCUCGUGAUUCUUGGAACGUCAAUGAAGUUCGGUUUCAUCUGUUUUCAAACACUUAUCGGUCUAAAAAAUCAGAUGAUAAUUUUGAAAAAAAAUUUCGUAAUUUUGAUUCAUCAAGCCUACCACCAUGCAAAGCUGAAUUGUAUCAGCAUUUACUACGAAUUCGUUACGUAACAAAGUUUUGGAGAAAUGCUCAUUUACAACACCCAACAUCUCUAUCACCUCAAGCUUCUGGCUGGACCAUAAAUGACGAUAAAUAUGAUUUUAUCUGGUUUGUUGGAGAGCAGUUACCAUCAUUAGUUGCCGACAUUAUCAUUAAAGAUAAUAGCUUAUUACAAGACGAUGAUAAUCCAAAAGACGACGAUGACAAUGAAAAUGACAGCAGUGAUGAAGAUGAUGAUGAUGAUAAUUAUCAAGAUGCCUCCGUUUUUUGUGACACAAUUAUGGAUUAAAAAAUAUAAUUUUUGUUUACUUUCAUCCUUGAGAUUGAUUAUUACCUUAAUUUUGCACAAAAAUAAAUAAUUAUUUUAAUGCUAUGUUAAUCCACAAUUAAUUUAAUAGUUUUUAAUUCUUUCUCUGUAAUUUAUUCGACAACUAUUCCUAGACCAAGCAAAAUGGUACCACAUCACUUUUCACUUUUAGAUCGGUCUGGCUGAAGGUUUAACAAUCGAAUUAUUGUUUGGCAAAUUAAUUUUAGGUUUUUAGAAACUUAAAUAACAUCAUAUAAAAAUUUCAGCCAUACUGAAAUAUUUUGAAAUUUUUUUUUUUUUUAAUUCAAAAUUAGCGUCUGGCACAAUUUAAACAACGAUAAAAAUAUCUGGCAAUAAUAGA